AGUGUUAUCGACGAUCGUAGUUAAUGGUGCAUACAUGCAGCUGGAAAUUUAAUUAAUGUGAAUCCGCGUUUAGUGCUCCAGAAUUCGGUGAUGAAUGAAAAGUCAGCCCGAUGAGAGUGAUCCCCCGAAUUAACGAACAACCAACGAAAUCGUCGAGUAUUAGUCGUUCCAGCAAAGUUGUUUGCGCAGUGGUCUCGACUUUAAAUUAUAAAGGAUAUUAUGUGAAAUAAGUGCAGUAUAUGUUUACUAUGAAGAUUAAAAAAUAUGUAACUCCUGUAAAAAGAAAAGCUUUCAACAUAUUCCAAUGGAUUUCACUACUGUGUAGUCUAUGUCUAAUCCCAACUGUACAAAGCAAGCCCGAUGAAAAGCACACAGCGUCCCUCGAAUAUAGACUAGAGAACCAAUUGGAGAAUCUAUAUCGGUUUAGCCAUAAUGUAUAUAAUGUUACCAUACCAGAAAACAGUCUGGGGAAGACUUACGCUAAGGGAGUAUUGCAUGAAAGACUGGCCGGCAUGAGAGUUGGCUUGAACUCAGAAGUUAAGUAUAGGAUAAUAAGUGGCGAUAAGGAGAAGCUCUUUAAAGCUGAGGAGAAACUGGUCGGAGACUUUGCCUUCUUAGCCAUUCGAACUCGAACGAAUAACGUUGUGCUAAACAGAGAGAAAACUGAGGAAUACGUAAUAAGAGUAAAAGCACAUGUACAUUUGCACGACAGAAAUAUAUCAAGCUAUGAAACGGAGGCGAAUAUUCACAUUAAAGUACUGGAUCGCAACGACUUGAGUCCGCUAUUUUACCCGACCCAGUACACCGUAGUUAUUCCGGAGGACACUCCAAAAUAUCAAAGUAUUCUAAAGGUGACAGCAGACGAUGCUGAUCUUGGCAUCAAUGGGGAAAUAUACUACAGUCUUCUGAUGGACAGCGAGUACUUUGCCAUCCACCCAACCACAGGUGAAAUAACCCUGCUGCAGCAGCUUCAAUAUGCGGAGAACUCGCACUUUGAGCUCACGGUAUUGGCCUACGAUCGGGGAUCCUGGGUGAACCACCAGAACCACCAGGCGAGCAAGGCCAAGGUCAGCAUUUCGGUGAAACAGGUUAACUUUUACGCUCCGGAGAUUUUCACAAGAACCUUUUCGAGCGUGACGCCAACUUCAAAUCCUUUGAUCUACGGAAUUGUGCGGGUGAACGACAAGGACACUGGUAUCAAUGGUAACAUCGGACGGUUGGAAAUAGUCGACGGCAAUCCAGAUGGCACGUUUCUUCUGAAGGCGGCAGAGACCAAAGACGAGUACUAUAUUGAAUUGAAUCAGUUCGCUCACCUAAAUCAACAACAUUUCAUUUACAACUUAACACUACGAGCAGAGGACCUAGGAACUCCCCGCAGAUUCGCCUAUAAAUCCGUUCCGAUACAAAUAAAGCCGGAGAGCAAAAAUGUACCCAUAUUCACGCAGGAGAUUUACGAAGUCUCCAUUCCAGAGACCGCUCCCAUUAACAUGCCGGUGAUAAGGCUGAAAGUGAGCGAUCCAGAUUUGGGUAAAAAUGCACUGGUCUACUUGGAAAUAGUCGGUGGCAACGAGGGCGACGAGUUCCGCAUUAAUCCCGAUUCCGGAAUGUUGUACACAGCCAAGCAGCUCGAUGCUGAAAAGAAAUCUAGUUACACCCUCACAGUUUCCGCCAUUGAUCAGGCAAACGUAGGAUCCCGAAAACAAUCUUCGGCCAAGGUGAAAAUAAGCGUGCAGGAUAUGAAUGACAAUGAUCCCAUUUUCGAGAAUGUAAACAAAAUGAUAAGUAUCAACGAAAACAACUUGGCCGGCUCGUUCGUGGUGAAACUUACAGCCAAAGACAGGGAUUCCGGUGAGAAUUCUUACAUAUCGUAUAGUAUUGCCAAUCUGAAUACGGUACCCUUCGAAAUCGAUCACUUCAGCGGCAUAGUUAAGACCACAUCUCUGAUUGACUACGAGACAAUGAAGCGGAACUAUGAGCUCAUAAUACGUGCCUCGGAUUGGGGACUGCCGUACCGAAGGCAGACAGAGAUUAAACUGUCCAUCGAUGUCAAGGAUAUUAACGAUAACAGACCGCAAUUUGAACGGGUUAACUGCUAUGGUAAGGUGACCAAAUCCGCACCGAUGGGCACUGAAGUUUUCGUUACCUCAGCCAUUGAUUUCGAUGCUGGCGACAUUAUUUCGUAUCGGUUGAGCGAUGGCAACGAGGACGGUUGCUUUAACCUGGACCCCACAUCCGGUUCCCUGUCUAUUUCCUGUGAUCUGAAGAAGGCCUCUCUAACAACUCGAAUUCUCAAGGUUUCUGCCACGGAUGGUACCCAUUUCUCGGACGAUUUGAUCAUCAAUGUACAUCUAAUGCCCGAGGACUUGGGUGGAGAUGCCGGUAUUCUGCACGGUUAUGGAUCUUUUGAGUGCCGCGAAACCGGAGUCGCCAGGAGGUUGGCGGAAACAUUGGCGUUGGCCGAAAAGAACAACGUAAAGAGUGUGUCGCCAUCCGUUUUUAGUGAUUUAUCCCUGACGCCCAGUCGAUAUGGCCAGAAUGUGCAUAGACCCGAGUUCCUGAACUUCCCACAGGAGCUGUUCAUCAAUGAGAGCGUCCAAUUGGGCGAAACAGUUGCGUGGAUAGAGGCCAAGGAUAGGGAUUUGGGCUACAAUGGAAAGUUGGUGUUCGCCAUUUCCGACGGCGACUACGAUUCGGUUUUUCGAAUUGAUCCCGACCGCGGCGAACUGCAGAUAAUUGGGUAUUUGGAUAGGGAACGCCAAAGCGAGUAUGUCUUGAAUAUUACGGUCUACGAUCUGGGUAACCCAACCAAAUCGACUUCGAAAAUGCUGCCCAUAACAAUCCUCGAUGUGAACGACAAUCGACCUGUUAUCCAGAAGACAUUGGCCACAUUCCGACUGACCGAAAGUGCCCGGAUAGGAACUGUGGUGCACUGCGUUCAUGCCACGGAUGCGGAUUCGGGAAUCAAUGCUCAGGUUACCUACGCCUUAUCGGUUGAGUGCAGUGACUUUACGGUUAACGAGACUACGGGCUGCAUUCGGCUAAACAAACCGCUGGAUCGCGAGAAACAGGAUAACUAUGCUCUUCACAUAUCGGCAAAGGAUGGCGGUAAUCCUGUGCUAUCCUCGGAGGCUCUGGUCUACGUACUCGUCGACGAUGUCAACGACAAUGCCCCGGUUUUCGGAGUUCAGGAGUACAUAUUUAAAGUGCGCGAAGAUCUGCCACGUGGAACAGUUUUGGCCGUUAUCGAAGCGGUGGACGAAGAUAUUGGCCCCAAUGCAGAGAUCCUUUUCUCCCUCAAGGAGGAGACCCAGGAUGAGGAGCUGUUCAAGAUCGACAAGCACACUGGCGCAAUACGCACGCAAGGUUAUCUGGACUACGAGAACAAGCAAGUGCAUAACCUUAUUGUCAGCGCCAUCGAUGGCGGAGAUCCCUCGCUAACAUCGGAUAUGCCCAUUGUAAUAAUGAUCAUUGAUGUCAACGAGAACCGAUUUGCUCCCGAGUUCGAAGACUUUGUGUACGAGGGGAAAAUAAGGGAGAACAAGCCCAAGGGGACGUUUGUUAUGAAUGUCACUGCCCGGGAUAUGGACACGGUUGACCUGAACUCAAAAAUCACGUACUCCAUCACAGGUGGCGAUGGGCUUGGAAUUUUUUCGGUCAACGACCAAGGUUCAAUAACUUCCUUGUCGCAACUCGACGCCGAGACGAAAAACUUUUACUGGCUCACCCUGUGCGCUCAAGAUUGUGCCAUAGUUCCGCUCAGCAACUGUGUGGAAGUUUACAUCGAAGUCGAAAACGAAAAUGAUAACAUUCCCCUGACGGACAAGCCGGUGUACUAUGUUAAUGUUACGGAAGCAAGUGCUGAAAACGUUGAGAUCAUUACCCUGAAUGCAGUAGAUCCGGAUAUAGAUCCCACACAGUCUAUUACGUAUAAUAUCGUUUCCGGAAAUCUGGUCGGCUACUUUGAAAUUGAUUCAAAAACAGGAGUAAUCACAACCACUGAACGCAAACUGGAUAGAGAAAAUCAAGCAGAACAUAUUUUGGAGGUGGCUAUAUCAGAUAAUGGAUCGCCAGUGCUAUCGUCUACUUCACGAAUUGUCGUGUCGGUCCUAGAUAUUAACGAUAAUAGCCCAGAGUUUGACCAACGGGUUUACAAAGUGCAAGUUCCGUCUUCAGCCACAGUCAAUCAAUCUAUUUUUCGUAAGUUAAAUUUUUCAAAUACAUAAACUACAAAUACAAAUAAUAUUUUUUCAAAUAAACUACUAUUUUUUAUUUUUAUUACCCUACAGGUUCAUGCAAUCGACAGCGACAGUGGGGAAAAUGGUCGAAUUACCUAUUCAAUCAAGUCCGGAAAGGGUAAAAACAAAUUUCGCAUUGAUAGUCAAAGGGGCCACAUACUUAUAGCAAAACCGUUGGAAUCCGAUAAUGAAUUUGAAAUUCACAUCAAGGCUGAGGACAACGGGAUUCCUAAGAAAAGUCAAACUGCUAGAGUUAAUAUAGUUGUAGUUCCUGUUAACCCCAAUUCGCACAGUGCACCGUUGAUAGUGAAAAAGACAUCGGAUAAUGUCGUUGAUCUGACGGAGAACGACAAGCCAGGAUUUUUGGUCACUCAAAUUUUGGCCGUCGAUGAUGACAACGACCAGCUGUGGUACAAUAUUUCCAAUGGCAAUGAAGAAAACACCUUUUAUAUUGGCCAGGAUAAUGGAAACAUUUUGCUUUCAAAGUACUUGGACUACGAAAUUAAAAAGUCGCAUAAUCUGACCAUAAGCGUAACUGAUGGCACAUUUACCUCGUUUACCAAUCUCUUGGUUCAAGUGAUCGAUAUUAAUGAUAACCCUCCGCAAUUCCCCAAAGAUGUCUAUCAUGUCAAUAUAUCCGAGAAUAUUGAAGAGGAAUCCGUUAUAAUGCAACUUCAUGCCACUGACAGAGAUGAGGACAAGAAGCUAUUCUAUCAUCUACACGCUACUCAGGAUCCGUCGUCCCUGGCUUUGUUUCGAAUCGAUUCUAUUAGUGGAAAUGUUAUUGUAACCCAGAGAUUGGAUUUCGAAAAGACGGCGCAGCAUAUACUAAUAGUUUUUGUUAAGGAUCAAGGAGCGCCUGGAAAAAGGAACUAUGCCAAGAUCAUUGUAAAUGUGCACGACCACAAUGACCAUCAUCCGGAAUUUACAGCGAAAAUUAUUCAAAGUAAGGUACCCGAAAGCGCAGCUAUUGGCUCUAAGUUGGCCGAAGUGCGGGCCAUAGAUCGAGACAGUGGUCAUAAUGCCGAGAUUCAGUACUCGAUCAUCACGGGCAACGUGGGUAGUGUGUUUGAGAUCGACCCGACUUUUGGUAUUAUCACUUUGGCUGGCAGCUUGAAUAUCAACAAGAUCCAAGAGUACAUGCUUCAAGUGAAGGCAGUUGACCUGGGCAACCCUCCGCUGUCCUCGCAGAUUCCGGUACACAUCAUUGUUACCAUGUCGGAAAACGAUCCACCAAAGUUCUCAACGAACAACAUUGCCAUCGAAAUAUUCGAAAACCUGGGCAUUGGAACGUUUGUCACUCAAGUCACCGCGCGUUCUUCGUCAUCUAUAUUCUUCAAUAUUAUUUCCGGAAACUUAAACGAAAGCUUUCGCAUAAACCCCUCCACUGGAGUUAUUGUUAUAAAUGGAAAUAUCGAUUACGAAAUAAUCAAGGUAUUCAAUCUUACGGUUAAAGGAACCAAUAUGGCAGCCGAGUCAUCCUGCCAGAAUAUAAUUAUACAUAUCCUAGAUGCUAACGAUAAUAUUCCGUAUUUCGUUCAAAAUGAAUAUGUUGGAGCAUUAUCUGAAUCAGCUGCAAUUGGAUCGUACGUACUGGAAGUACACGAUUCAUCCAAAGAUCAUUUAACUUUACAAGUAAAGGAUGCUGAUGUUGGGGUCAACGGAAUGGUUGAAUACCACAUAAACGAUGAUCUGGCUAAGAAUGUUUUUAAAAUAGAUUCGACAACUGGAGCUAUUGAACUGUUACGACACUUGGACUAUGAAACAAACGCUGGCUAUACUUUCGACGUUACGGUUAGUGAUAUGGGAAAACCCAAACUACAUUCCACUACAACAGCACACGUGACAAUUCGUGUGAUUAAUGUUAACGAUUGUCCUCCAGUAUUUAACGAACGAGAACUCAAUGUAACAUUGUUCCUUCCCACUUUUGAGAACGUGUUUGUUGCACAAAUUAAUGCCAAGGAUGCUGAUAACGAUACUCUAAGGUUUGACAUUGUGGAUGGAAACACGAACGAGUGUUUCCAAAUUGAUAAAUACUCCGGCAUUAUAACAACAAGGAAUUUCGAAAUAUUAAAUAAUGAAAAUGACCAAGACUACACCUUGCACAUCCGUGCCUCCGACGGAAUAUUCUCUGCAAUUUUGAUAGUAAAGAUUAAGGUUCUGUCAGCCACCGACUCAAAUUUUGCAUUCCAACGGGAAUCGUACAGAUUUUCUGCAAUUGAAAAUAACACAAAGGUUGCUACCGUUGGACUGGUAAAUGUGGUUGGAAACUCGCUGAACGAAAAUGUUGAGUAUCGCAUCUUAAAUCCAACCAAAUUGUUCGAUAUUGGUAUCAGUUCGGGAGCCCUAAAAACCACAGGAGUCAUUUUCGAUCGCGAGGUACAGGAUUUGUACAGAUUGUUUGUGGAAGCAAAGUCAGUAUUAUUCGACGGAAUGAAUUCGAAUGUGCGCAGGGCAGUUACGUCUGUAUAUAUAUCUGUCUUGGAUGUGAACGAUAACUGCCCUUUGUUUGUCAAUAUGCCCUAUUAUGCGACGGUCUCAAUUGACGAUCCCAGGGGAACGAUUAUAAUGCAAGUAAAGGCCGUUGACUUGGAUAGUGGAGAAAAUGGUGAAGUUCGGUACGAGCUAAAAAAGGGAAAUGGUGAGUUGUUUAAAUUGGACCGCAAAACUGGAGAGUUAUCCAUAAAGCAGCAUGUGGAAGGACAUAACCGACACUAUGAGCUAACAGUUGCUGCCUAUGAUGGCGCCAUAACUCCUUGUUCUUCCGAGGCUCCUCUUCAAGUUAAGGUGAUUGAUCGUUCGAUGCCCGUUUUCGAAAAACAGUUUUACACUGUAAGCGUCAAAGAAGACGUGGAAAUGUACUCGGCUCUUUCGGUAUCCAUUGAAGCCGAAAGUCCCUUGGGCAGGAGUUUAAUUUACACAAUAUCUUCAGACAGUCAAUCGUUUGAAAUUGAUUACAACACAGGAUCAAUUUUUGUUGUAAAUGAACUGGACUACGAGCAAAUGAGUUCCCAUGAUGUUUCCAUUCGAGCAACAGAUAGUUUAUCUGGAGUUUAUGCAGAAGUCGUUCUGUCCGUUUCCAUUAUCGAUGUCAAUGACUGCUAUCCAGAGAUUGAAAGUGAUAUCUACAACAUAACCAUUCCGGAAAAUUCUUCUUUUGGCACACAAAUUUUAAAGAUUAAUGCAACUGAUAAAGACUCUGGGGCGAAUGCCAAACUGUCCUAUUACAUUGAGUCCAUAAACGGGCAAAACAAUUCGGAACUCUUUUACAUAGAUGUCACAGAUGGAAAUCUGUAUUUAAAAACCCCUUUAGACUAUGAGCAGAUUAAAUACCAUCAUAUUGUUGUUAAUGUAAAGGACCAUGGAUCGCCAUCUUUGAGUUCCCGAUCGAAUGUAUUUAUAACAGUUAAAGACUUGAAUGAUAACCCUCCAUGCUUUGUUGAGCCUUCCUACUUCACAAAAUUGUCAGUCGCUGCUGUUCGUGGACAGUUCGUUGCUCUACCAAAGGCCUACGAUAAGGAUAUUUCUGAUACAGAUUUGCUGGAGUAUAAAAUUGUUUACGGAAAUGAAUUGCAAACCUAUAACAUUGAUAAACUAACAGGAGUGAUAUCCCUUCAAAACAUGUUAAAUUUCACUGAUAAAAGUAGCACAGUUUUGAAUAUUUCUGUUUCUGAUGGAGUGCAUACUGCAUAUGCCCGUUUGAAAAUAUCCUUACUCCCAGAAAACGUUUACAGUCCACAGUUCGAUAAAAGUAACUAUGAAGCUAAAAUUCCAGAAAAUUUGCUGCAUGGUCAUAAUAUAAUUACGGUAAAAGCAACGGAUGGAGAUUUUGGCACAUACUCGAGUCUUUAUUAUGAAAUAGUUUCCGAGGAAAUGAAAAAGUACUUUCUCGUCGACCGAUCGACGGGUGUUAUAACCUCUAAAGUAACCUUUGACCGCGAAAAAAAGGAUGAGUACGUGGUGCUGUUGAAGGUGUCCGAUGGUGGCGGUAAAUUCGGAUUCGCAUCCCUUAAAGUUUUGGUAGUUGACGUGAACGAUAAUGUUCCUUACUUCCUGUUGAAAGAAUACAAGAUUGUUGUAAGCUCAACAACAGAAGCGAACAUAACUAUUUUAACGGUCAAAGCCAAGGAUGACGAUAUUAAUGAGAACGGAUCCGUGUACUAUCAAAUUGUUGAAAAGUCUAACGAGAAGGCAUCAAAGGAUGUGAUUGAUAUUAACGAGAUCACUGGAGAUAUUGUACUCAAACAAGAUGCCGGAACCUAUGGCGUGGGCUCCUAUCAAUUUUUUGUACGUGCUUCUGAUCGCGGCGAACCUAAAUUCCAUUCGGAAGUUCCAGUUUCGAUCAAAAUCAUUGAAACAGAUGCAAGCAUUCCCGUUUUUGAAAAACCUUCAAUACUACUCAAGAUCAUUGAGUCAACAUCACCGGGAACCGUGCUUACAAAGCUGCACAUGAUUGGAAACUUUACGUUCAAGUUCUCAAUAGCAGCAGAUCAGGACCAUUUCAUGAUAUCCGACAGUGGCGAACUGAUCCUUCAGCAAACGUUGGACAGGGAGCAGCAGGAGUCGCACAAUCUGAUUGUUGUGGCGGAAACUUCUACGGUACCGGUUCUUUUCGCCUAUGCUGAUGUUGUAAUUGAAGUGAGGGACGAAAACGAUAACUAUCCCAAGUUCGACAAUACCUUCUACAGUGCCAGUGUUGCGGAGAACAGCGAAAAGGUCAUCUCGUUGGUAAAGGUUUCAGCCACCGACGCUGACACAGGGCCAAAUGGAGAUAUUCGAUACUAUCUAGAGAGUGAUACCGAAAACAUCCAAAACAUCUUUGACAUUGACAUUUACUCCGGCUGGAUCACCUUGCUAACCUCGUUGGAUAGAGAAGUUCAAUCUGAAUAUAAUUUCAAAGUAAUUGCUGCCGACAAUGGCCACCCAAAACAUGAUGCAAAAGUACCUGUAACUAUUAAAAUUGUAGACUAUAAUGAUAACGCACCAGCAUUUAAGUUACCUAUCGAAAGAAUUUCCGUGUUCGAGAAUGCACUGCCUGGUACUGUUUUAAUCAACUUACUGCUAAUUGAUCCGGACAUCGAAAAACAGGAAAUGGACUUCUUCAUCGUCUCGGGAGACAAACAAGCCCAGUUCCAGGUCGGUAAAAGCGGAGAGCUGUUUAUCGCCAAGCCAUUGGAUCGCGAACAAAUCAUGUUCUACAACCUAAGCAUAAUUGCAACCGAUGGAAAAUUCACUGCCAAAGCCAACGUUGAAAUAGACGUAAAAGACAUAAACGACAAUACGCCUUACUGCCUAAAACCCCGCUAUCAUAUCUCUACUAACGAAUCGAUCUCUAUUGGAACCACACUAGUCGAAGUCAGGGCUGUGGAUUUCGAUUUACAAAGCAAACUUCGCUUCUAUCUAUCUGGCAAAGGUGCCGACGACUUUGCAAUUGGAAAGGAGAGUGGGAUCUUGAAGGUGGCGAACGCACUGGAUCGGGAAACCACUCCAAAGUACAAGUUGGUGGCACAUGUUCAGGAUGGCAAGGACUUUACCCAAGAAUGCUUCUCCGAAAUCAUCAUCACAGUCAACGACAUAAAUGACAAUAUUCCCGUAUUCUCAAUGGCUCAAUACAGAGUGAGCGUACCCGAGGAUGCCCAAUUAAAUACUUUGAUCACGAAAGUACAUGCAAUGGAUAAAGAUUUUGGGGUCAACAGGCAAAUCAAGUACUCCUUAAUGGGCGAAAACCAUGACUAUUUUAAAAUCUCUAAGUCGACUGGUAUUAUAAGACUGGAGAAAAAUCUCGACCGUGAAACCAUUUCGCUAUUUAACCUAACGGUCAAAGCGGAGGAUUACGGGGCUCCAAAAUUGCAUUCCAUUGCCACAGUGGCAGUAAACAUAUUGGACAUCAAUGACAAUCCGCCGGAAUUUAGUAUGCGACAAUAUUCCUGCAAAAUUCUAGAAAACGCCACUUACGGCACCGAAGUCUGUAAGGUCUAUGCCGCUUCGAUUGAUAUUGGCGUAAAUGCGGAUAUUCACUACUUCAUAAUGAGUGGCAACGAACAGGGAAAAUUCAAAAUGGAUUCCAUGACUGGCGACUUGGUGUUGAAUGCCACCUUGGAUUAUGAAAUGUCCAAGUUUUACUUCCUGACUAUUCAAGCCAUCGACGGAGGCACUCCGCCACUCAGCAACAACGCCUAUGUGAACGUAUCUAUUUUGGACAUUAAUGACAACAGCCCCAAGUUUUUGCAAAACUUGUACCGCAUAAAUGUUAAUGAGGAUAUUUUCGUGGGCUCCAGGAUUCUCGAUGUCAAGGCCACAGAUGAGGACUCUGAUAUAAAUGGGCUGGUAACUUACAACAUUGAAAGGGGUGACAACAUAGGCCAGUUCUCAAUAGAUCAGAAAAACGGAACGAUCUGCGUAUCGAGGCCCUUGGAUCGUGAGACUAUUUCGCACUAUAACCUGGAAAUUCAAGCCUGCGAUCAGGGAGUUCCCCAGCGUUGCAACAGUGUUCCAAUAAAUAUAAAUAUAUUGGACACAAACGACAAUGCGCCCAUCUUUUCCAGCGCCAAUUAUAGCAUUGUUCUACAGGAAAACCGACCUCUGGGCUAUGUAUUCCUGACCUUUAAAAUAUCAGACGCAGACGAAUCGCCCAACACCACGCCAUAUACAUUCGAUAUUAGGUCUGGAAACGAGGGCGGACUCUUCCGGCUGGAGCAGGAUGGUUCUCUGAGCACUGCCGCGCGAUUUAAUCACAACCUUCAGGAUGAGUUCGUGAUUCAGGUUCGAGUGUUCGACAAUGGCACACCGCCAUUAUACUCCGAUGCCUGGGUUAUUGUGAAAAUAAUUGAGGAAAGUCAAUACCCGCCAAUUGUCACUCCCCUGGAGGUUACAAUCAAUUCAUUCGAGGACGAUUUCUCGGGAGCAUUUAUUGGAAAGGUUCAUGCCUCCGAUCAGGACAAGUACGAUGAACUGACCUUCGGUUUGGUGUCUGGACCCGAAGACAUGUAUCAGAGCUCGAAGCUGUUCAACGUUUCCAACAAAACUGGCAAGAUCUACGCGAUAUCCAACCUUGACAUUGGUCUAUAUAAGCUUAAUGUCUCGGUUUCGGAUGGAAAAUUCCACGUCUUCUCGAUUGUCAAGAUCAAUGUUGAGCUGGUAACCAAUGACAUGCUCAAAGAAUCGGUUGUUAUUCAGUUUAGCAGGAUUACGGCCUCUGAAUUUCUGCUCAGUCACAGGAAGACCUUCAUGCGCUCCAUUCGCAAUAUCAUGCGAUGUCGCCAAAAGGAUGUAAUUCUAAUCACCCUUCAAGCGGAGGAACCAAAGCAUUCAGUAGCCACUCGACAUGCAAGAUCAUUGGAGUCUAAUUUAAACGUAGUCUUUGCAGUGCGAAAGCAACAAAUAAUACCCGAUUCCGAUGAGUUCUUCACCAGUGACGAAAUUCGACAAACGCUGAUUGACAAAAAGAACGAGAUCGAAAACGAAACCAACUUGGUUGUGGAGGAUGUACUGCCGUCAGCCUGUCAGAGCAACGAAAAUGCCUGUGUUCACGGGGAAUGCAAACAGGUUUUAAGGAUCCUGAAGAACAACGUGACCACCACGUUCACGGAUGUGAUAAGCUUUGCGGCUCCUUCGUUUAACCAGGUGAACAGGUGUGUCUGCAGGCCAGGCUUCGAUGGAAAGAACUGCAAUGAGACGGUGAAUGCCUGCUCCACGGAACCGUGUUCCCCGCAGAGGAUCUGCAUGCCAUCCGGAUCGGUUUUGGGCUACCAAUGUGUCUGCCCCAAGGGAUUUUCGGGAACCUACUGCGAACGGAAGUCCUCGAAGUGCACCAAUGAAUCCUGUGAUAUGGGGUUAUUUACUGCAGUUUCAUUCGGCGGAAAGAGCUAUGCCCACUAUAAGAUCAACAAAAUCAAGGCCAAGUUUACGCUGGAAAACGAAUUUUCCUACUCCCUGCAGAUAAGAACAGUGCAGCAAACUGGCACCCUGCUGUAUGCCAGUGGCAAGGUGGACUACAAUAUCCUGGAGAUCAUAAACGGAGCUGUUCAGUAUAGAUUCGAUUUGGGUUCGGGCGAGGGCGUCAUCAGUGUGUCGAGCAUCAACAUCUCCGACGGCGAGUGGCAUCUCAUCAGCCUGGAGCGAUCCCUCAACAGUGCCAAGGUGAUGGUGGACAACAAACACGUUUCGCAUGGCAGUGCGCCCGGUGUCAAUGGGAUAUUGAACAUCCAGUCGAAUGACAUCUUUGUGGGCGCCGAAGUGCGUCCCCAUCCGUCGAUAAUCGGCUACGAGGACAUUCAGCGCGGGUUCAUUGGCUGCAUGGCCAACAUAAAAAUAGCCAAGGAGUCGCUGCCAUUGUACAUUUCCGGCGGCAGUACCAUUGCGGCCCUGAAAAGGUUCACGAACGUCGAGUUCAAGUGCGAUCCGUCGAAUGUGCUGGUGCGUCUGGGUAUCUGCGGUUCGCAGCCGUGUGCCAAUAGUGGAAUCUGCAAGGAACUCGACUCGGAUGUCUUUGAAUGCGCCUGCCAGCCGCGAUACUCGGGCAAACACUGCGAAAUCGAUCUGGAUCCCUGCUCGUCGGGACCCUGCCUGUUCGGCGGAAGGUGCGACUAUCACGGGCCCAACAACUACAGCUGCACGUGCCCCAUCCACUUGUCCGGUCGGAGGUGUGAGUACGGCAAGUUCUGCACUCCGAAUCCGUGCAAGAACGGAGGCAUUUGCGAGGAGGGCGACGGAAUAUCGCACUGCAUGUGCCGCGGCUACACAGGACCCACUUGCGAGAUCGAUGUGGACGAGUGCGAGAACCAGCCGUGCGGCAAUGGAGCGACCUGCAUCAACGAACCCGGCAGCUUCAGGUGCAUCUGUCCCUCGUAUCUCACGGGAGCCAGCUGCGGAGAUCCCCUGUACUCGAAUUCGAUUUCCACAAAGCUGAAGAACUUUUCCCUAGAGCACAUAAGCGGAAUCAUAUCGGGCGUAGCCGUGGUGCUGGUGAUCAUCAGUUGCGUUCUGUGCUGCGUGGUAAUUCGAAGGAAUACCUCCUCGAAGCGAAGGAACCGACUGGAAAAGGACAAGAACAAGCCGUCGUACAAGGAGGCGAACCUGAACUCGCUGGUCGACAAGGACAAUUACUGCAAGCCGAACGUAAAGUUGAGCAACUUGGAGGUGAACCAGCGACCCAUUAGCUACACUGCCGCCCCAAAUGAUAACCUGUUCCUGAGCAAUCGGAAUUUCGUAAAUAAUUUGGACAUUUUACGGAGCUACGGUUCGGCUGGCGAUGAACUGGAGAAUGUGCCAUUCGAGUACCAGAAGGUGAAUCGAAAUAAACAGCACGUGAACAUCAACUCCUGCCAUGCCGCCGAUGCCGAUAAUGCCUACAAACAAGAGUGGUGCGAGCAAAUGCAUUUAAGAACAUUCAGCGAGAACAAACUGAACAAUGAACUUAAACGUGAUUUCGGACCGUCUGUGAGUCGCUUUUCAACCGGGAAGCUAAUCCAAGUUGAAAUGCCAAAUGUGUGCCACUCUUCCAGUGCGAACUUUGUUGAUUAUUCAGCUCUUGCCAACGGUCAAUAUCAUUGGGACUGUUCCGACUGGGUUCGCAAAAGCCAUAAUCCCUUGCCAGAUAUAACCGAAGUUCCUGGAGCAGAAAUAGCCGACUCAUCGAGCUUGCAUAGCAACGAUAGCAACGAGUCCAAGUCGAAGAAGGCGUUCUUCGUCCACCGAGAAGACGGAGAUGUUGAUCCCACAAGGGAUAUAGCUGCACUCAAUGAGGAUAUCGGAUCGGAGUAUUUGGAUUCGGAGGCGGAGAGCUGUUUGGAGCCGUUUAUGUUGCCGAGAUCAAGUAAUCAGCCACUUUCAAGACUGAGUUCUUUUAAUAAUAUCGAGAAUGAAGACUAUAAAUCAAAUACAGUGCCUUUACCGUCGAAAGUUAGUCAUUCGUGCAAAGUAUAUUUAAGACAUCCUGAUUCGUAUUUACCCACGAUGCAUUUUCCAAGUGAGACGGACGGAGAAAGCUCCAUGACCGAGGGGCCGAUUUCAAGGAAGGAAAUGAAAACCAGAAGGACGAUAAGUGAAAAUUCAGAGGAGGCAUACCUAUUUCCAUGCGCUGUCGGAGAAAUUGGCUCCAACAGCAAUAUUUCGGUUCGACUGUGUGAAAUUGAAGAUUCUGAGUUGGAGGAGUUUUUACCACAACAACAACAAACAAACAAUUAAAUGACAUGCUAAAUAUAUAAGAACUACAUUUUACACAAAUUAUUUGAUUUCGUUAGAUACUAUUUUCCAUAGGAAAAACUUUGGUUAUAUAUUUUCAAUAAAAAAUACAUAAAUAUA